ACCAUUUCAUAUUAAAAAUCAUUGUUUUCAUAUGUAUGCUGACAAUGAUCAACGACGAGCAUAUGAACAACAAGCUAAACUUGAUUUUAAUUCAUUUAUAGAACAUCGUUCUCGAGAACUUGUAUCAGGUGGAGUUUUAGUUCUUAGUAUUCCUAGUUUUGAUGAACAAGGAAUUGAUAGUAUGAGCAAUUAUUUUGAUCAAUUAUAUAUAUGUGCUCAAUCAUUUUUCAAUGAACAAGAAUUAUUAAAUUUUACAGUACCUAUAUAUCUUCGUUCAUUAUCUGAAUGUAUGGAUUAUGAAUUAUUUGAUCGAUGUUCAUUACAAGUAAUAAGAGCUGAAUCAAGUCAAUUGAAAGUACCUACACUUGAACAAUAUCAUAAUGGUCAAUUAACAUUUGAUCAAUUAGUAAAAAUAUUUACAAAAGUAUUUGAAAGUACUAUGGAACCUUUAAUUCAUCAAGUAUUACGUAUGAGCGGUCGUUCAAAAGAAGAUAUUGAUCAAAUAUCAAAAGAUUUUUGGAUGGUUUAUGAAGAAAAACUAAAAGAAAGACGAGAUUUAGUUAUUAAUGGGAAUCAAUAUGUAUGUGCUUGUUUGGUAUUGAAAAAAAUAUAA